GGAUGGAAUAGACCGGUCAAGGUAUAAUGUUGAAUAAGGGGAUGUGCUUGUUUUUUUUUGUCAAGGAACUUAAAAAGGGAAGGCUAUCAAGAUGCCUGAGACCGACGACCCAUCAGUUGUUCCGAAGAAGGGUCUGACACUCGAUGACCUCAUUGCGGCCAUCGACCGACAUGAAAGGAACCCGAGCAACAUCCCAAAGGUCGAUACUUUCCAUUUCUGUGGGGAGAGAGUCUCAGAAUGGCUAGAGCGGGUGGAACAAGCUUUGGUCGGGCGGCCGGAUGUUGUAAAGUUUCAACGCAUCCUUCAGUAUGUCCUCCACAGCUACCACCAGGAGGUGAAGAAAGUCAUAGAAGCAGCCCAAGGUAGCUGGGAGAGAUUCAAGGAGGGGAUGCAGAGGAAAUACCGCCUGGGAGACGGAUUGUUGACUACCACGGACCUUGAAGCGAUGAACAAAGAGGAUUUUAUGAUGAUAGGGGCCUUUGUACAAGAAUUUAAGAAAAGGGCGCGGAAGGUCCAUGGGAUUUCAGAGGAAGCACAAUGCGCCAUCUUCCUGGGGCUACUCACGCCAUCGGAGGCCGUCGAGUUGACGAGGCAUGGAGGAGGUAGCACUAAGCUCACCUGGGCCACCAUUGAUAGAGGGGUGGAAGUGGGAUGUUUGGACCAGGUGGAACAACGUCAGGUACGCCUGCAAAGACAAAAGAGAAAGGAAAGAGAUGCGACCGCUUCUGGGACCCCGGGAGUAACAAGGAUUGUUACAGACGUAUUGACAGAGCCGGUGGUGCAAAGGAGGGUGGUGACGGCUGUUAAAGUAAAAGGAAAGGAGCCAGUGAUAGAGGAGGUUGUUCAGGAGGAGCUCUGGGAAGAGGAAGAGCCGGUGCCGCAGCACCUGACAAAGGUCCAGCGCAAAGUGCGUAAUUUGGCGCAGGGCGGACAGGGAUCAGGAAAAGCGCAGGCACCUCAGACCCAGGCAGCAGCCCCUUUAAAUGUGGCGGCUCCAUCAUCUAGUACGGGCCCCUCGCAAGGUGGAGCGCCCUCCUACGGACAGUGGCCCUGGCCGGUGAUCAAUGCGAUUGUGCCGUGGGGAAACCCGCCGCCAGUAGCCGGACCGCAAACGAGUAUGCCGCCACCCAUCUACCCCGCGGCCCAGGCCCAACCUGCGGCCCCGCCACCGUCACCUGAUCCCAGUUCACAGGGCAGUGUUGUAGGAGUGAAGGGGCCGGCGGUGAAAGAGAGCAACGAAGUCUCACCGGGGGUAAGGCGCUUUGUCUGUAAACACAUCCAGGACCUCGAAAAGGUCCUGAGCCUGCUCGAAGAGCAUAACCUCACGGCGAGCUGGGCCAAAUCCAGACACUGCAUGAGGGAAGCGACUAUCUCGGGAUUCGUCUGCAGUGAGAAAGGCCGAAGGCCGGAUGUGAAGAAGACGGACAAGAUUAUUGAGUGGCCAGUUCCGUUCCACUCAAUAACUGAUGUAAGGAGCUUCCUUGGUACGUGUGGAUUUUGGAGGGCCUUCGUCAAGAACUUUGCCGCUAAGACUGAACACCUGAGGAAGUUAGUCCGUCAAGAUCAGGAAUGGGUAUGGGGUGAAGAGCAAGAAGAGGUGGUGGCAAAAAUGAAGGAGGAAUUUCGAGAAGUUGGGUUGGUAUUAGGAGCGCCAGAUUAUGACGCCACGGAGACGCGACCCUUCAUUGUCGAAACGGAUGCGGGACCGACUGCCUUAGGGGGAGUUCUAAUUCAGGCAGACAUGGAAGGAAAGGAAAGACCCUUGCGAUUUGAGAGUCGGACUCUCUGUACAACGGAAAGGAACUACUCUUUGUUCAAGAGGGAGACCCUUGCUGUCCUCCACCGUCUGCGAAUCUUCCGGAACUAUAUCUUCGGCAGGAGGUUUAUUUUGAGAGUGGAUCCGACCGCCCUGGCCUACUCUUUAAGGAAUUACGUUCCAUCGGAUCCAACGGUUGCCAGAUGGCUGACGUACAUCUGGAUGUUCAAUUUUGAGUUGGAGCGGAUUCCUGGCAGCAAGAACCGGGCAGACGGGCUGAGCCGGAUCAACUGGGAUAGACAGGGAGGGGAGGCGGUGGAGAAUACGCCCCCAGUUGAUGGGUUUCUGGAUCAGGAAGAAGAUGUUCGUCUCCAUAUCAAUAAGUGGUCGCCGCGAGUGCCCAGCUGUGUAGGCUAUCCUAUUUGGCAAGCGCCGAACGGGUAUGAAAGGAGGAAUGAGCUAGUCGUUAAGCGCUUUGAGGAAGAGGAUCCUUGGGGCGGAGGGCACCGAGGGAUACAAGCUACGUAUGCCAAGAUAAGUGAUCUCUACUACUGGGAUGGAAUGAUGAAUAUGGUCGGGAAGUUCUGCCGAUCGUGCGUACCUUGCCAGGAAAGGUCUCAUUUAAGACAAGGAGAGCCGCUGCAUCCAAGGCUAGAGCGAGAGGUGGGGGCCGUAGUGCAUCUCGAUCUGCUUUUUAUGCCGUUUGGGGAUCAGGGCUAUAACUACAUUUUCGAUGCGCGCGAUAACCUGUCUGGGUUCGUAGACGGACGUGCUAUUCGCACGAAGACCGGGUCAGUCUUAGUGAACUACAUCGAGGAGUAUUACUUGCGCUAUCCUUUCGUCAAGGAGUUCGUAAUGGACAGGGGAUCGGAGUUUACUUGCCAGGAAGUGCAAGAACUUUUAUCAAGGUCUGACUUUACGAAGACAGCCAUGCCAAGAGGAGGGAAGGGGAYACGGCCGCCUCAGAGGCCGUUGGGCGCAUCAGGAGGAUAUGAGCGGCAUGGGCCUCGCCAUCGAGAGAGUACUCCGGUCUACAAUGAUGGGGACAUCGAGCUAUUCUUGGACAGUAGGUUCGAGGAGCCUAUUGCCAGGAUUCGUAGGGAGGCGACGACGAGGCAGGAGGUGGAGACGAGGAUGGAGGAGUUGCGACCCUCGCCUGUGGGACCUGAUGGCAGGCCGAUCCGCCUGGAGAUUGGGAAUGCGUCGGACUUCAUCUCCGCGUUUGAGUGGUUCAUGCAGGGGCAGGGCAUACCGAGAGAUGAUUGGAUGCAGACGCUACCACUCUGGACCAGGAAGGCGGAAAGGCCACUGGCUAUGCAGAUCAGGGACAUGGCACGAGAUUGGGGGAGCUGCAGGGCACAUCUGAGAGAGACCUUUCGACGGCCAGAGCUCCCUCAACCCAGAGUCGAGAGGCGGCAGAGGAGUAAAAGACCGAGGGACCCUGAGCCCAGGGAGGCGAGACCAUCACGAGGAGGACGGAAGGCCCUAGCCAGGAGAAAGGAGGAGCCGGAGCAGGAGUCAGAGGUUGAAGAGCAAGGAGCAUACCCUGAAUGUGGGUUGGGACCAGUGGAGUUCCAUCGUUUUACUGAGGGUGGAUUGAGGAGGUCGCCAACACACGCACGGGAGGAGCCGCCAGUGUCUGAAGGGCCGUUGAGAGAAUUAGAAACGCAUCUGGAUAUCUCUCAAUGGAAAGCGUCGCCUCAGGAUGAGAAGCAUGAAGAGCAAGUAGAGGAGGUGCCACGAGAGGAGGUGCCACAGGAAGAGAUAUCGCGAGAGGAGGUGCCACAUGAGGAGGUGCCACGGGAAGAGGUCCAGGGUACUCAGCGAGAGAGAGGGUUGGGCGAUGAGGGGAGACGUGCAGGAAAGGAAGUGAUAGAGGUUGGAAAGGACACGCCCCCACAGGCGCCAGCAAUGGGUUUGAGACUCGAGGAUACACCAAGGAGCACCCGGCAAGCAAAGGAGAGAUUGCAGAGAAAAGAGGCCCCUUUACCUUCAUCGGAAAAGGCUUCUUCGCCAGAAGGGACGGCAGAAAGGAGGAGAGAGAGGGCAACUGUAAGGAGAGAAGCCUUUACCUUGAUUGAUAGGCACCUAACAGCUUAUGCCCUGGAGCAUCCAGACCUGGAGGAGCCAGCACCUGCUGAGCCGCGCCGAGAGCCGUGCCAACCUGAGAAGGAGAUGGAAGCAGAGAUACCAAAGAGGGUCGACCUCCGCACGAGGGAAAGGGCGCYAGCGGGAGAGACGGCUGAAGAAAAGAGGGCGAGAAGAACAAGACGGAUAGAUGAGAUAUGGCAAGAGAGGCAGAGAUUGGAGGCAGCGGGGGAGCUCCCGGAGCAGCAACAGGAGGGGCAGCGAUCAGAGGCAGCAGGAGCACUCCCGGGUCAGCCACCCAGCGCGCCAGCUAAGGCCCCGAAGAUUCCUGAGAUGUGGAGGGACUUCUGGGAGCAGAGAGGAGAGGAACUUCCAUCGCCAGUCAGAGUCGGGUUUGGAGUGGCCAGGAAGGCGGAAGAGAGGUUAGAUCGUAAAAUCAAGUUCCUGGCCAAGACCACUUUUGACCGACACUUUUAUCAUCGAGAGCCUGAGGCAGCAAACCCAGGGAAGGGUGGACAGGCCAGAGAGCAGCAGGCAGGGAGAGCAGAGGCAGCCGGGACAAGGAUUGCCAGGACAGCCAUCUGCAGCAGAGCCUCGCAGGAGCCACCUAUUGGGAGAGCUAUCCUGGAACCAGAGGAGGCGAGAGCCCGUAGACAGGCGGAGAGAGAGGCAUUCGAGUUUAGAGCCCCUACUGAGCUCGCGACGCUGUCGAUGGCGGCGGCAGGCCCAAUCGUACCUUUGGCAGUAGAGGAGGGGCCGCCACCAUCUAGCAGUGAGCCGGCCCAGGGCUCAGCAGAGGGAUCCAUGGGCGUGCUCCUUGAGGCGGUGCAUACUAUGCAGGAAGAGGUGAGUUUGUUUUCGCCUGAGCAGAGGAUAGAGAAGCCUCUUGAGAGAGAGAUGGGGAUUGAGGUAGAGGGUGCUAUCGAGAGCAGGCUCCAGAAAAUGGGCACACCUGAGUAUGGACUAGAGGAGAUUGAGGAGCAGCCCACGACAGUGUCAGGAGGGACACUCGAGAGAAGGCCUCAGAGGUUGGACAUGCCUGAGUACGUCCCAGCGACAGGGGAUUUGAGGAGUAGAUUGGGAUCUUGGGCUACUGGAUCUGAAUCUGGGGGACCGGUUCCUGGGACGGAGCAGCAGGAGGUCGUUAGUACCACAGCUCCUCGACAGGAGCGGCAGGAGGUUGUUAGUACCUUGGUAGGAUCUCCUUCAUCGCCACCUCCUCAGCCCAGGAAGAAGAAAUUAAGAGAAAAGUAGAUCAGCUAUGUUUUUACUGCAAGAGGGACGUGCAUCUGGCUUUGGACUGUCUCGAGUUUCUUGAGGAUAAGGCAGCAGGGAAGGUC